GUGACGCUCUUUACUCUGAUUAAUUUAUUUAGAAAUACAGAGCUUAUUAAAAAAAUAAAAUUUGUAUAAAAAGACUUGAACACACCUUUCAUGAUUAACAUGUUUCCAGUAGUCUAUUAAAAGUAAUUUAGAUGUGUUAUGUGGGGAUUAAAGUAAAAUACAUCUAGGCGGUAUGUGCAAAACAUUAUUAUAUUUUAUCAUAAAAAUUGCUAAAUCAUUUAUUAAUCAUAAAAAAGCAGUGAAGAGAUUUUGCUAUAGGCCUAUAAGGUUUGUAGAUUGUAGGACAUACAAACCUCCAUUUGUAAAUCUCGGUGGAAAAUAUGUGGAAGCUUGUUUGAGAAAAAAGAAGAAGAAGAAGAAAGUAAAAUCACGCACACUUUGAAAAGUAUUCCGUACUUUAAACUUUAUCAUGGUUAGACCACUUGACAUUAAAUAAAAAAAUUUUCUGGAGCUAUACUGAUAUAGGCUAAACGUUUUCCAAAACGACAAAUACAUUUUAAAAACAUCACUACAAAUCUAACAUUUCUAAGAAGUUGCCACAUGUGUUUUUAACAAGUUUCCUAAAAUAUGUAUUUUUUAUUACCUCCAACAUCACUUAUUGUCACUGACCCAUGUUUUAAAGUACAAAUAUAUAACCGCACGUUCCUGCUCCUGUCAAAGACGCGCUGUUUGGAGCUUCAGUAGCCUACAUCUCCAACGAUAUAUAGAUCUCAGGACGGUUUGAAUGUUUCGUCCGAUAUAAAUUGGGGAUGAGAGAGAGCAUCCUGCACAUCUCAGGCACGCAUCAAGCAGUGAGAUCAUUUGUGUUAUAAAUAUCUCUUUGCCAGCAGAUCUGCUCCAGCUCCUGCAGCCGAGGGUAAUGCCCACCAGAGAAACAGCGAGUUACCUCAGAGCGCUGGAACAGCAGCAAAAUGCUGGAAGUGGCCAAGCACGCACAAAGACAGCUCUCUGGAAAGAAUGCACGUUGCUCUCCUGCUUUUACUCCUCUUUCAGUUGCCUCGCUCUGCACUGCUCACGGGAUUUGAACGCGCGUAUUUGGAGCACCAACUUGUCGAGGAAGGGCGCGUAUCAGGGCGCAGGACUGGAAGACUGUAUUGUAGAGUUGGAAUAGGUUUCCACCUUCAGAUUUACCCGGAUGGAAGAGUCAACGGGAGUCACGAACCUAAUCCGUUAAGUGUGCUGGAGCUGUUUGCUGUGUCUCAGGGUGUCAUAGGGAUCCGAGGGGCUUUUAGCAAACGAUUUCUAGCCAUGAACAAGAGGGGAAGGCUUCAUGCAACUGAGAGCUUUACAGAUGACUGUAAGUUCAGGGAGCGGUUUCAGGAGAACAGCUACAACACAUACGCCUCAGUGAUCCACAAGAACCAUCGCAACGGCAAAGAGUGGUUUGUGGCACUUAACAAAAGAGGAAAAGCAAAAAUGGGGUCCAGUCCAAGAGUAAAGUCACAACACGCGUCUACACAUUUUCUGCCAAGGAUGAACCUACAUGAAAAAACUCAACAAGGAUUCACAAUAACAGACAAAGGGCAGGAAAAACAUCCACAUCCAUCAACACCCUCUAUACUGAAAAUAGCAGUCAACUCUGGAAAGAAGAAUCGACCAGUAGUCAAAUACUGGCCGAAGUUUCGGUUUGGAUAA